AUGGAGCACAUUUCUGGGGUCAUGUUCGCGAUCUUCUUCUUCAUCGGCGUUGGAUCCUCGCUACCAUGGAACGUAUUCAUUACAGCACAAGAUUAUUUUCAACAUCGUUUAGAGGGAACUGCCUACGAAGACUCAUUUUUAAACUGGUUCAGUAUGGCCUUUAACGUCAGCACGCUGAUGACAAUGCUAGUCCGAACGAUUGUCCUCGCUGAGCGCAUGGCAAGCGCCAUUCGAACUGUUUUCUUCUCGCUUAUCGUCAUUAUGAUCAUCAUGUUCAUGCAUUGUACCUGGACACGCACGCCCGAAUUUCAUGGCUAUCCAUUUUUUCACACAACCGUAGUGAGCAUCUUACUGGUUGCUUGUGCGUCCACACUGAUGCAGGAGGGUUUACUGCGCAUUGUUUCGACCUUUCCACCUCAGUAUACACAGGCUGUAGUUAGCGGACAGAGUUUCGCUGGGUUGGCGGUAUCGCUGUCGAAUUUUAUCAUUUUGUGGGCUGAUGAGGCUUUUGCCCGGCGGUUUGACGCUUUGCACGCUAGCCCUGAUUUGUGUGCUCUAUUGUACUUCGUCCUCGUGUUCAUAACGCUGGUUCUAUGUCUAUUGACGUUCGCAAUUCUCACGCGGAUGUCACUCUUUCGCUGCUAUUCGAGUCCUGAUUGUCAGGAAAAAUAUAUCAACGAUGUACCAAGUGAGACCGACACGAUGGAUUCCAUCGACACUUCACCACGAAUCCCCCUACUAGAUAAAGAAAGUGGAGGAUCAGAGCUUUCGAACAAGGUCGAUGUGAUGGAAGUCGCCUUUACGAUCCGAUUCUAUGCUGCCGCUACUUUUUUCGUUUUUAUCGUCACACUAGGCGUCUUUCCUGGCAUAACGUCUGCGAUCAAGUCAAUGGAGCCGAAAAGGGAUCUGUGGUCCAACAAACUCUUCACACCAUUCACGCUCAUUCUAUUCAACAUAUCAGACUUUAUAGCGCGUCUCUCUGCUUCAUGGUGGCCACGACUGGGACAGAAAAAUGUCUUCUUAGCCAGUAUUGCUCGCAUCAUCUUCUUUCCCCUUUUAAUGCUGUGCAACCUGCGAAAUAAGUCAGACACAGUAAUCACGACGGUAAUUUUCCGUAGUGAUGUGCUGGCGAUGUUGUUUAUAGCCGCAUGUGCCUUCUCCAACGGGUUGCUGUGCACUCUCGCAUUCAUGGAAUAUCCAGAUUUGUUUCGUAAGCCAGCCGAAAAGGAGAUAGGUGGCAGCAUUAUCUUUUUCGUCUUGUCCAUCGGCCUUACAGCAGGAUCGAUUAUGUCUUUUGUGUUGAAAGCGAUGUUGAAGCAAUAA